AUGGCGUCAACGCAACGCGACCCCAACACAAUCACAAUCCAAGAAGCCCUCCCUCAACACGUCUCCUCCCUCUCAACAAUCCACGUCCGCUCCUUCCACCCAACCAACGCCUUCCACCGCAAAGUCUUCCCAGACACACCUCUAGUCCAAAACUGGUGGUCGAACAUAUUCUCCUCAGAAAUCCAGGACCCCACCGCCCAUGUCCUCAUAGCGCUCGACACCCAAGCCACCGACCCAGCCCUCCAAGUCAUUGGCGUGAUCUGCAUGCGCCUCAUGGACCCCUCCGUCCCGGGCGCGGGGAUGUGGUCGAUGUAUCCCCUCACAACCGACCACGAUGCGGAGGAAUUCCAGCCCUCGGUGGAGUUCAUGGCCGAGUGGCGGGAGAAGCUGUUUGGGAGGGAGCAGCAGUGGCAUUAUCUGCUGGAGUAUGCGGGCGUGGAUCAUGCGCGCAAGGGGACGGGGGUGGGGAGGAGGUUGUUGGAACGGGCGUGCGAGAUUGCGGAUGCGAAGGGGUACCCGGUGUUUGUGGAGGGGAAUCAUUUCGCGGUGGGGUGGUAUCAGAAGUGUGGGUUUGAGGAGAGGGGGAGGAAGGUCAUGCCUGGGAAGGAGGCGUAUAAGCAGCAUGUUUUGGUGAGGCCUGUUAAGGGGACGAGGUGA